CAUUCGACUAUUUCUAUAUGUGGUAAAAGAAAAGCUCUGAUUAGACUCGGCUCUUGGGUCUGCUCAAUGCCACAAUAUCAUCCUUUCCUUCUUUCUUCUUUCUUCUGCUUGCUCUUGGCUCCUCUAUUCUGUGGGCUUUUGGAUUUUUGUAAUAAAGCCACCUCACAGAGGCAUUACCAGGGUACCUUUCUGAGUCUGAGGCCCUUGAUAUCUGUGAUCUUCUUUGGAGGUAUUCAAGCCGGGGAAAAGGGUUUCCACAGCUUCUCUUGCUGUGUCUUAGUUGGUUUUUUGGGUUACGCACAGUAACGAUUUGAGAAAUCUGUGAAAAGCCCUGAUUCUUUUGGAGGGUAUUUUAACAAAGGCAAGGGGUCUUAGAGCAACUAGCAAUGACAGACUGGAAUGGUAUCAUGGGUAAGACCAGUGGUUUUGGUGGGAGCACAACUAGAGACGAGGAUUUUGAAGAGGAAGAUGUGUGGGGUUUUAUUAAGGAGAGGGAAGAUUCUAGUUGCAAGAUGAAGAGGAAAUCCAAAGACUACUCCUCUGGUUCUUCUUCUGCAUGGCGCCUCCCUUCUGUCCCAAGGAUGAUCCCAAGGGUUAACACUCCAACAACCCAUGAAGCCAAAGUGGUUCAACAAUCCUCAGCUCCCAUGGACAUUCCUGAUUGGUCCAAGAUUUAUGGGAAAGGUGCCAAAAUGGGUUCUAGGGAUGCUUCAUGGGUGGGUGGUGGGGAUGGUACUGGCAAUGGUGUUGCUAAUGAUGAUCAUGUUGACUAUCAUGGUGUUGGUGAUUAUGAGGCUGAUGAUAAUGAUGAUGGUGAUAUGGUCCCUCCACAUGAAUGGAUUGCUAGGAAGCUUGCAAAGAGCCAGAUUUCAUCUUUCUCUGUGUGUGAAGGUGUUGGAAGGACACUCAAAGGAAGAGAUCUUAGCAAAGUGAGGAAUGCCAUCUUGACAAAAACUGGUUUCCUGGAGUAGCUUGCUCACCACUACUACUACCACACGAUCCAUUAUCAUCAUCAUCAUCAUAUUGUGCCAUUACUUCCAUCAAAUUAUCUUCAUUCUGAGCCAAGGUUCCCACAUAAUCUUUGUUUUUCUGUUUCUAAGUUUAAUUCUUGCUAGUAAUAGAGUGUGUGAUGUACUGGGGCGAGUGGAAAAUCCCUUGAAAAAAGUCAGAUCGAGCUGCCCCUUUUAGAAUGUUUUUCAGGAGGGGGUGGGGGGAAGCAUUGGCGGCCUCUGAGAUUUUAUCUGCAGGUAGUUGAGUAGAAUUUGUGCUUUGGCAAACGAAUGCAUGAUCUGCAUCAGGAAAAUGAAAAGUGAACGAGUUAGGUACUCUUCAUACGUUCCUAUCUCUUGCCACUUCUGCAACAUCUCUUGCCGAGUUUCAAUAUUUAUUAAGGG